UUCUGGCUGUUGUAUUCUUUCAAUUUUUAUUAUUCUAUAGUUUCAAAGACAAUGGGCUUGGCUACUAUAAUUGAAAAUGAAGCUCAUUUCCAAUCGGAAAUGGCUAACGCUGGCACGAAGCUCGUUGUUGUCGACUUUACAGCAACUUGGUGCCCACCCUGCCAACGGAUCGCGCCGUUCUUCGAACAGCUGCCAGCGAAAUUCCCAAGGGCGGUAUUCCUCAAAGUGGACGUAGACAGAUGCGCUGAGACUGCGAGCGCUCAAGGCAUCAGCGCUAUGCCAACAUUCUUAUUUUACAGAAACAGGACAAGGAUUGAUAGGCUACAAGGUGCUGACCCUUCCACUCUAGAGAGCAAAGUCAGACAGUACUAUGGCACUGAAGAAGCUGGUGAUGAAGAUAAUACAGUGGCAGGGCAUAUGGACCUUGUAACAUUCAUAUCUAAGAAUGAAUGUGAGUGCCUGAAUGAGGCUGAUGACCACCCAAUGACUCACGCCCUGACCAGUGGUGGAGGCUAUCUCGCCAGUGACUGUGAUGAACAACUUAUCAUCAAUAUUGCAUUCAACCAGUUGGUGAAACUACACUCUUUGAAAAUCAAAGCUCCUGCUGACAAGGGACCGAAGUUUGUAAAACUUUUCAUCAACCAGCCACGGACACUGGACUUUGACCAGGCAGCUGGAAACUCCUCCGUGCAGGAUAUUGAGUUUACACAAAGUGAUUUGGAGACUGGCAAUCCAGUGCCGCUUAAGUUCGUCAAAUUCCAGAGUGUGCAGAACAUCCAGCUAUUUAUCAAGGACAACCAGUCUGGAGGGGAGGUAACACAGAUUGAUCACUUUGCAUUCUAUGGCUCACCCAUCUCCACUACCAACAUGGGAGAGUUCAAACGCGUGGCCGGCAAGAAAGGCGAGAGCCACUAGCCAAUAUUGUAAAAAUGAAUCAUUUCUCAAACUGUGUCAAAACAUAAAUUUCUUUAAUAUAUUAUGAUCCAUACAUAAAUAAUUUAACUACUAAAUUAUGUUUAAUAAUAUUAUUGUUUUAAGUGUAAAGGUCAUUCCAGGGCCACAGUUUGUUAAAUGGGAUUCAGGAAUAUCUACAAUUUGUAUAUUCAAUAAAUAAAAUGAAUGAAUUACG